AGUUGAUUUUCUAAAUUGUUUCGAAACAGUUAACAUUUUUACUUCCCGGUUAAUUUACAAUGUCAACAGCUCACGUUCAAUCUCCAAUCGCUUUACAAUUACGAGAUUGUGAGUUUGAAGAUGAUGCCACUCCACUUGAAUAUGUUGGCCAUUGGGAUAAAGUGGGAGGAUGUGCUGAAAUAAUUAAUACCGGAUCAUCUGCUAUGAUAACAUUUCCGAAUCGUAACAAGAAGCCAUACAUCAUCGGGGGACCAUUGAAGCAGAAAUUUAUAUUCGAGCAAAUUCAUUUUCAUUGGGGUGAUUGCAAUGACUUCGGUUGUGAACAUUUACUGGACGGAAACACUUACAGCAUGGAAGGUCAUUUGGUUCAUUAUAAUUCCAAGUACAAAAACUUUCAGGAAGCAGUUGAUAAGCCGGAUGGCUUAGCUGUGACAGGUUUUUUCUUUCAAGCAGCUGGAGAAAAAGACUGUGUUGAGUUCAGGAAAAUUUCUGAUGCUGUUGAGCGUGUUGAAAAGACUAAUUCAAAAGCUCGCGUUACUUCAGACUGCUUAUCGUUUUUAAAGCUUCAAGAAUUGAACAAACAUUACUAUAGUUAUCGUGGAUCCUUAACAACACCGCCAUAUUUUGCAUCCGUUCAAUGGAUCGUUUAUCGUACACCGAUUUACGUCUCGGAGAAACAAAUUGCAGCGUUUCGAUCGCUUCGUUCUCAAGACGGAGGAAAGUGCAUAGUUAACAACUAUCGUGAUAUACAGCAGCCCGUGAACAACCCGAAAAUUAUCUUUACUCGAAACGUUCUUAAAUCGAAAUUGUAAAGAUUUUUAUGUUAUUCAGACAGCGAUGAUGCUGCUGCUUUUUUUUAUAUGUUACAAUAAAACGGAAAGAUUUUUCUUGCGAUUGUUGGGAGGAUUUCGACGAGAACGAUGCUUGAGAGUUUCAUGCUUAAUAAUGGAAUGACUGUAUGCUGCUAGUAUGUGCCACUUUGAACUCACACUUUUUUAAAUAAAGGAAUGUUGGAUGCCAUGAGGGUUAAAAGGCUUUAGAUUUCUCAAUUGAUUAGAGUGAAAUACUUUUUCUAUUCAUUUCUAUAACAGUGAAAUUAGUUUUCUUUGCUUUCCAUUCAAAUGUAGCUAAUGUGAAUGUAAAUUAUACAGAAAGCUGAUAAAAUAACAUUAAUUGAAGGCUGAUUCAUUUGAAUAAAUUGAAUGUAAGACGUUGUUAUAUAGACAUUAAGGUAGCACCACAAUACAGCAACAUUUUUAAAUAAGCAACCCCAAAAUGUUAUAAAUGUUUAAUGAAACAACAUAAACUUUUUUUAUAAUGAAUUCUUACAAGUCAAGCGUUAAAAAAAAACCUUCUUAUUUGAGAUCCAAUUCUUAUUUUCCCAUUUUAAUUUGAAUCGCACGAAAACUUCCUACCAGAUCUUUUGUUUCAGUGAAGGUUUUGUUAUUUCUUCCUCGUUGUUUAUAUUCCC